AUGAAAACUGAGGUCAAAUCCAGAAUAAACAAGUCGGUUAUAAGACCAAUCCUGACAUACACCGCCGAAACAAGGCCAGAAACAGCGAAGACCAAACGCUUAAUGGAGACAACAGAGAUGAGAGUGUUGAGAAGAAUUGCGGGCAAAAGACUCAAGGACAGAAACACGAGCGAAAGCAUAAGAGGUGCAUGCGGGGUGGAUAAUGUGAAUGACUGGGUACUAAAACGGCGAAAAGAAUGGGAUGAACAUAUUAGCAGAAUGGACGAGGGAAGAGUGGUAAAGAUAGCUCGAGAUAGAUCUCCAAGGGGACGCAGAAGUUUGGGGCGACCCAGGAAAAGGUGGAGUGAUGGCCUGAGGGGUGAUGACUGA